GCGCUUUACUACGGUUACUCCUUUUUCUUUGCUUUUCCGCGAGCGAAUCGACCGCUUUGUGUGGCUCUCGUGUAUGAUCACGACAAAGUGGGAAGCUUCCUGUCGGAGUCCUUGCUCCCCAUUAUUUGUGGCACACCCGUGAAAGAGAGUAGGGUAAAGAAAAUGGGAGCAUCGUUCUUUCAUACGCAUGAAUGGUCGAUGGGCAAUCGACCAAAAUUCGCGCUUGCGGCCCUUCGUUGGGGGACCGGGUGGGUGGGUUCGGUGGGGGUUUCUUCACGUUGAGUUGAAACGAUGGGUCGGAGGGAUUCUGGGUUUCUUUCUUUUCUUAAGGGCAUCUUCUUCUUGGGGGUUUCUCAGGAGGUGCAAAGCUCAAGAUUGGACUCUUCUGCAAUAAACAGCACUUCUUUUCCGCUUAUCAAGAUUCCGUUGAUACAACAGAAAAACCAACAGCAUAGAAUGAGGAACCAGAUUGCCUCAAAUAUGAUGAGGUCCAGUGGAAUGAUGGUCGCAAGGACUUACAUAUAUGACUGGCUGAUCCUUAUGGUUCUUGUGGUCAUUGGGUCCCUCCUCCAUCUCAUACAUCCAUUUUAUCGCUUCGUCGGGAAGGAUAUGAUGACUAAUCUCAAGUAUCCACUGAAGAGCAACUCAGUGCCUUUCUGGGCUGUUCCAACGUAUGCCCUUCUGUUGCCAAUGGUGAUAUUUGUGGUCGUGUAUCUUCGGAGGAGAGACUUCUAUGAUCUCCAUCAUGCUGUACUAGGGCUCUUGUAUUCUGCUUCAGUCACUGCAGUUAUAACAAUUGCCAUAAAACUUGCAGUUGGCCGCCCUAGGCCAGACUUCUUUUGGCGUUGUUUUCCAGAUGGGAAAGAUGUGUAUGAUCAAUUGGGAAAUGUCAUUUGUCAUGGUAAAAGAAGUGUCAUAGAUGAAGGGCACAAGAGUUUUCCUAGCGGGCAUACUUCAUGGUCCUUUGCGGGUCUUGGUUUCUUAUCGCUUUAUUUAGCUGGGAAGAUUAAAGCAUUUGAUUGCAAAGGUCAUGUUGCAAAAUUAUGCAUCAUCUUUCUCCCGCUUCUUGUCGCAUCUCUUGUUGGCAUUUCAAGAGUAGAUGACCACUGGCAUCACUGGCAGGAUGUCUUUGCUGGAGGCCUCCUAGGGAUUACUGUAGCAGGGUUUUGCUAUCUUCAGUUCUUUCCACCUCCAUAUCGCGCUCAAGGUUGGGGGCCUUAUGCUUACUUUGAAGAACUGGAGUUGUGUACGAAUGAACAGGCCGCGAAUGCAGUGGGUGCGGCUGACGCGCAGGCUGCAGAGACUCAAAGUGAGAGCCGUGUGGAUGAGCGGAGUGGCAUCGGAUGCAUGGGCCUGACCCUAUCACCUACUUCCGGUCGAUCACCGCAAGGCGUGGAAUCAGGGGGAAGGUGAUUUUGUUUGUCUACUGGCCCUUUAAUCUCUAAAGCCUAUUGUACAGAGUAGAGUUUUAGUAUCUCCAAUUUGUUUUUUGUCCUUUUUUUGGGCAAGCCUCUGACAAGUAUUAUCGAGGACCUUUUUUUUUUGUAUGAAUGAAUGUAGCGUGCUCUGCAUGGACAUCAAUUUGCACAGUUGGUCCUUUCCCACCCUUGAUCUCAAGAUCAGGAUGUCACUAAUUUUUUUCUUUACUAA